GAUCGGGAGGAGACCCCGGGGCAGGCGGAGUCUGGCCCAAGCUGGGCGGAACCCCGGACGCCCGGAAGGGGCGGGGCCUAGCGGAUGCGGCUCUCGGAGGUUUGGAGCCCCGCCUAGAGGCCGCCCGGGCUGGGGAGCCGCAAGGGGCCGGGCUUACCGGGUGGGUGUGCCCAUCGAGGUGGGGCUUGGAGGCGGGGCCUAGAGGGACUGGCCGAGCUGGAAGAGUAUCGGUAGCUGCUUCUGUCUGCGGGACCCUCCUCGCGUUCCAAGGCGGUGGUGGCCCGCCCCACCAUCUCGUCCAUUCGCUUUCGCCCCUCUCGUCCCCCAGCUCUAGAUUCCAGGCCCUGUCCCCCGAGCUCAGCCCUCGGAUGUCCCACUGCCAAGAGCCUGCAUGCGCCGCGGGGCGCCCCAGGACCAGGAGCUGGGGGGUCCCGGGGCGCCGGGGCGCGGGUCCCGGGGUGCCCCUCCUCCCUCGGGACCUGUCGUCCCGGUCCUCGUCUUUCCCCCCGAUUUAGUGUUCAGGGCGGACCAACGGAGCGGACCCCGGCAGCUGCUGACCCUCUAUAACCCCACGGGAGCGGCGCUUCGCUUCCGAGUCCUGUGCACAGCACCUGCCAAGUACACCGUGUUUGACGCAGAAGGAUAUGUGAAGCCGCAGUCCUGCAUUGACAUUGUGAUCCGCCACGUCGCUCCCAUUGCCAGCCACUAUGACGUCCAGGACCGCUUCCGCAUUGAGCUGUUUGAGGAGGGAGCUGAGAGCCGAGUGUUGGGGCGCAAGGACAUCACCUCGGUUUUGAGGGCCCCAGCCAACCCCCUUGAACUUCAGGGACAGCCUGACUCAACGCCACACCCAGGGCCUCCUUCCUGGACAGCACCACCUACAACCAGACACCUCCCUGAAAAAUCCCACUCACAACUGGCCACCAGCUCCUUCCUCCUGUUCUUGCUGACCGGCAUAGUUUCGGUGGCCUUCCUGCUGCUCCCACUCCAGGAUGAACUUGGCAGCCAGCUGCCCCAAGUCCUGCAUGUCUCCCUGGGACAGAAGUUGGUGGCGGCCUACAUCUUGGGCCUCCUUACCAUGGUCUUUCUCCGGACCUGAGCCCCCUGCUCAACCUCCACCCUCUCCCUGGGCAGGGAUGUGGACAUGAGACAGCCACUGUGAUGCUCAUACCUUGCCUCGACUCCUAUUCCCUUUUUCCUGCCACUCCCUUCACCCUUGACAAAAAAUACCCAGGGAUUUGUAUUCAUUUUCCAAGUUGAAUAAAAGAAAUUUGCAAAAUUAAACUGAGGGAUGUAGGGAA